CGCUUCUGGGUUUCGAAACGACCGCCACCGCCACUUUCGCUUGCCGCCCAACCCGACACAUUCUACGCCACCGGCCGACGCUUCGCGCCCAUGGCGAGGGACGGGCCUGGAGCUCAGGAGUCCCGCCUGCGGCCGGGCCGUUCAGGCCGGUAUAGCAUGCAACGGACUUGCAGGUUCCUGCUGCUGUGCACCGUCUCCGCCGUGCUGGCAGUGACGCUGCCGACGUCCAGUGCUCCUCCUGCGUAUGCCAGCUAUGGUACCUAUGGCGACAGCGGUGGUGGUGGAGUGCUUUUACCACCAGUGGUAUGGGCAGGGAUUGGGAGCUGGUGCGCAUCGCUUGCCCCACCUUGUUGGGAUUCUGCUGUGCCGCAGUGGUUGGUUUCAUUCUUCAGCACUGCUUUCAGAGGCUGGUGCCUUUUCAGCGGCUCGCCGUGUUCUAUCCACCCACCCUGAAAGCUUGUGAGGUGUGGCGGCUGUGGACACAUACCUUGCUCCACAGCGACUUAGGACAUCUCGCGGUGAAUCUGCUGCACAUCCUGAACACCUUGGAUCUGGAAGGUGUCGUUUUAGGCUCCGGCUAUCCCAGUAGCUACACCUUGGGCAGCCUUCACACAGGCCGCGCUGCGGCCACGGCGGCCGCCUAUGGCGCGCUCUGGGGCUCCUUGACGUCCUUUGGUGCCAUGUUCGAAGGUGCCUCGGCGGUGUGUUUUGGCCUGGAUGGGGCCUUGUUGGCGGUGUGUGGUUUGCUCUUGGGUGCCGAUGCCGACCCCUCGUUGCGGAGCUUCUUAGAGGUGCGCGGCUUAUAUGCCGCCAUCCACAUGGGCAUCGACAUUCUGAGAGGGUGUAGCAGCCCCUAUGGAACCAUCGGCAAUGUGUCCCACCUAGCAGGCUUCGUCGGUGGCUUCUGCUACAUCUUACUGGUGCUGCCAGAGAUUGGUGGGCGCCCUGCGCCCACCCUGCCGUGCUUGCGGCGUGGGCCUUCUGCGUGGCGAGAGGAGAGAUGUUUGGCCUUCUUCUCGCCCGAGUACAGCCUGAGCGUCCUUGAGGCACAGCGCUAUGCUGGUUUGGUCCUGAUCACUGGUGUGGCCCUGGCCCUGCUCAAUGCUUUUGUUUGUCAGCGACAAGCCCAUGCCAGCGCGGAUGGUUACUCCAUCUUCGUGAAGGCGCGCGACACCGCCUUCGACCAGGCGGUAGCUAGGACGGGCGGUCGGGGUGUCCCGCAGCGGCAGCCGUUUUAGCCCGAAACAGAUGGGUGAAAUGUGUAGACCACCAGUACCACCCAAGGCCCUUCCGCGCUGGGUGAGUGAGCGUUCUGUUUUUUUUGUUUGUUUGUUU